AUGGAGGAAGCAGUGGGUGAUGAGGUGGCUGAAGUGGGUGCUGUUGAGGGCCUACACCUCCAAAGUAAAGAGAGCGAGUUUGCAUUGAAGCCAGGCAGCUCCAGUGUGUUGCAAUCACAUGAAAUGGUAACACCCGGUGAGGAUGAUUAUAAUGAAAACACAAACAUUUAUUUUUCAGACAGCAUUGGUUCUUCUGAACGUGCAAGUGGCAGGCCUCGAUUCAUGGAUGAGGCGGGGGUCAUGGUUGAAGAGUUGACUGUGGAAAAUUAUGAUGGAGGAAAGUUGGGUAGAACGCAACCAAAGCAAAUGCAAAAACAGUGGCAGCAUUUGUACCAGUUAGCAGGCGGAUCAGGAAUCAGCAGCUUCCAUGAACACGCUGGGAACAAAGAAAAGGGUCGAACUAAGCCUGGUGAUUGGGAGGACGGAGGUGACACAUUCUUUUCUGAGUUUCUAGAUCAGAAUCAGCAACCAACGGACCAUGGUCAUAAUGCAGCCGUGGAUCAUGUACUUGGUAAUGAUGGUAAAGGUACUUUGAGUGAUGCAUCUGGAGGCAUCCGGACAAAGAUUUUAUCAAAAUCUGGAUUCUCUGAGUACUUUAUAAGAAGUUCGCUGGAAGGCAAGGGAAUGAAACAUAAAGGCCCCUCUCAUAGAGGAUCUAGUAAUGAACCAGGGGCCCAAGUUCAUCCAAAAUCUGUCACUGUUGGUUCAGUGGACUCUGCUGCGACAUUAUGUGUAACUGCAGACAUUGUUACGCCUCCUUCAGGUGCUGUUUCUGAACCACAGACUAAUCUGAGUUCCAAUUCUUUCAGUGAUGGAAUCAGUUUGAGAGAAUGGCUGGAAGCAGGUCGAAAUAAUGCAAAGAAAGAUGAGAGUUUAAAUAUAUUUAGACAGGUUUUGGAUAUUGUGAAUUCUGUUCACUCCCAUGGAGUUGCCUUACAAGACUUGAGGCCAUCCCACUUCAAGGUAUUGGGAUCAUACAAGGUCGUAUACCUUGGAUCUUCUUUACCUGCUGGGGUUAAGGAAAAUGUCGCAUAUCAAGACAUUAACCAAUCAGGUCACAGUAGAAAUGAAAAGAGGCCAAUGCAUCCAAGAAUGUUCCCAUUGGCCAGCAUGAAGAAGCAGAAAUUGAGAGAGAACGUGAACUUCAAUCGAAGGUGGCCUCAAUUUCUGCCUCAAUUUCCAUCCAGGUCUGGCACUAGAUCUGCAUCUGAAAAUGUUGCCAAAGAAUAUAUUGUCGGGCAACAAGAUUCUGGGGAUGAUUCUGAUGAAGACACAAAUUCUAAAAUCAAAUGUAAGAACCAGAGCAAAUUCUUCAGCCAUGACGUGUCUAAUUCAUCACAGCCAUUGCAGGUUUCUCUAAGGGGUAUGCCAGAGGAGAAGUGGUAUAGCAGUCCUGAGCUGUUCAGUGAGAGGGGCUGCACUUUUGCAUCAAAUAUCUAUAGUCUUGGCGUCCUUCUAUUUGAGUUACUCGGCUCAUUUGAUUCGGGAACAUCUCGUGCUGCUGCAAUGCUUGAUUUACACCAUAGGAUUCUUCCUCCUGCAUUCCUUUCGGAAUAUCCGAAGGAAGCUGGAUUCUGUCUCUGGCUACUUCAUCCUGAACCUUCAUCACGCCCAACAACCAGGGAAAUUCUACAAUCAGAAUUUAUGAAGGGAAUUCAAGACUUAUCUGGAGGCGAGUUAUUACCAUUAAUUGACGAAGAAGAUGGAGAAUCAGAGUUGUUAUUGUAUUUUCUCCUGUUAGUUAAAGAGCAAAAGCAGAAGGAUACGUUCAAGUUAGUGGAACAAAUCCAGUACAUAGAGGGAGACAUCGAAGAGGUUAAGAAAAGGCAGCCUAAGAAGUCACUUAUUCAAUCUUCCUCAUCUCUGGAGCCUUCAACUGUAAGUGGGAACAGCAUUACUCGCAGAGGAGAUUUAAGUCCAGACUCUCUUUCAAAGAUGAUCCCAGGACAUGACAACGAGAAAAAAUUGAUGAGCAACAUCAGGCAACUCGAAAACCCUUACUUUUCGAUGAGAUCCAAUGUUCAGCUUUCAGAUUGUGAUGUAGUGACUCGUAAGGAUAGAGAACUGUUGAAAAGUCGAGAGAACUGGAGCAUUACGGGUAAUGAUGAUAACAAGUACAAGACCUCAGAUAGUUUAGGGAGUUUCUUUGAUGGAUUGUGCAAAUAUGCUCGCUACAGUAAAUUCAGAGUACGGGGGACAUUAAGGAAUGGAGAUUUUAAUAAUAGUUCCGCAAAUGUGAUAAGCUCUUUGAGUUUCGACCGGGAUGAAGACUAUCUGGCUUCGGGAGGGGUGUCAAAGAAGAUAAAGAUAUUUGAAUUUCAAGCUCUGUUUAAUGAUUCUGUUGACAUUCAUUAUCCUGUUAUUGAGAUGACAAACAAGUCAAAGCUCACUGGCCUUUGCUGGAACAACUAUGUCCGGAACUACCUUGCUUCAACUGAUUACGAUGGCAUAGUUAAGUUAUGGGAUGCAACAACUGGUCAAAGCUUUUCUCAUUUCAUAGAGCACAGUGAAAGGGCUUGGUCUGUUGAUUUCUCCCAUGCGGAUCCCAUGAAAUUAGUCAGUGGAAGUGAUGAUCGUAUGGUGAAACUUUGGAGCAUCAAUGAGAAAAACAGUUUAUGCACAAUUAGGAACAAUGCAAAUGUCUGCUGUGUGCAGUUCUCAGCUAACUCCAGUCAUAUGUUGGCUUUUAGCUCAUCCGAUUAUAAGACCUAUUGCUACGAUAUUCGCAAUAUUUCGACUCCUUGGUGCAUAUUGGCUGGCCAUGGGAAAGCUGUAAGUUAUGCAAAAUUCUUGGAUGCCGAAACUCUUGUUACUGCAUCCACUGACAACACUUUGAAGAUUUGGGAUCUCAAUAAAACCAGUUCCCAUUGUUUAUCAAGAGAUGCGUGUAUCUCAACACUUAGAGGGCACACAAACGAGAAGAACUUUGUAGGUUUAUCAGUUGCUGAUGGAUACAUUGCAUGUGGGUCGGAGACAAAUGAGGUGUUUGCCUAUUACAAAUCCCUGCCAAUGCCAAUUACUUCCCACAAGUUUGGUUCCAUCGAUCCCAUUUCUGAUGGUCUAGAAGUAAAUGAACCCUUGAUCAGCUGUGACAUUUGUGGCAUGUUUGGGAAGUUGGAAUUAACAGUCACUCAAAAGCGCUUCUGA